AUGUUGCCGCGCUCGUUUAUCGGGGGUCUCACGACUCUUUCCCUUGCCGUUGCUGUUGCGGCGAAAGGUGGCCAACACCAGAUCCUCAAGAGGACCAGCGAUGCGACUACAGGGGAGCUGCAUGACUUCCAGGUCUCUCCGCCUGUUCUGACCGCAUCUGCAAACUCGGAGGGGAAGAACGAGUAUGGAUGUGUUGUCACGAAGACGCUUAUGGAUUAUGAUUUCGCGAGUAGCUAUGGCAGUCCUUAUGUUGGAUUCUAUACACCCCCUGACUGCGACUUCAAUAGAGUGGUGAUGGAAUUCAGCUUGACAUCGAAGGGCAGACAGUAUGAUCGUCUCGCUAUCAUGUACUUCAAUUCAACGGAAAUCUGGAGAACAUCCACCGCUGAGCCAACGACUGAUGGAAUCUAUUACACAUACACAAAGGAAAUGCACCAAUACCUGCCUCUAUGGAAGGAGCCCCAAAAGCUCAUCUUUGAUUUGGGCAACAUUGUCAACUCGGAAUACACUGGAAUUCUGAACACUACCUUGACAGCCACCUUCUUCACAGUCCCAGAUACCCCUGCUGCAGCCGACAAGAUUUUGCCAAUUUCUCGCCUGCUUGGAGCUAGCAAUGAGAGCAGUGUAGCAGUGCUGCCCGGUGAAGAGACUGCUGUCUCUUACACUCUACCCCGGAACCUUAAGCGAGCAGUGGUCAGUAUCUCUGCUUGUGGACAGGCAGAUGAGGAGUUCUGGUACCAGAACACUUUGUCAUCUGAUACCGAUACCUUUGAGGAUGUUUCCGGUGCCUUGUAUGGCGAUGGACCGUGGCGCGAGGUUCAGGUCCUUAUCGAUGGAAUGCUUGCUGGUGUCUCGUGGCCAUUCCCAGUCGUCUUCACUGGCGGUAUCGUCCCGGGAUUUUGGAAGCCGAUCGUUGGAAUUGAUGCAUUCGAUCUACGUGAACAUGAAAUUGACAUUACUCCUUUCAUUCCCUACCUCUCCGAUGGAAAGCCUCACACCUUUGAUCUGAUCGUCGUCAGCGUCAACGACAACGGUGGGGAAUACGCCACCAUUGCGAACACUACCACCGAUUCCUGGUAUGUGACUGGAAAGAUCUUCUUGUUCGAAGAUGAGGAAGGCCAUAUCACCACCGGCUCCAUGCCAGUCAUCAAAGACCCGCUUCCCUCUCUGCAAAUCACGCGCGCGAUCACAACCAAUUCAACCGGCGCGAACGAGACUCUCACAGAGACAACCACAGCAAAGCGAACACUGCUCAUCACCAGCAACCUAAAGACCUCCAGCGGAGAAAAGGAAGUUUCUUGGAGCCAGGACAUUUCUUACGAAAACUUCAACCAGCUUACAGACUACGGUUGGUACCAAAGCACGACCCAAAAGACCACUGGAACGGACAAGACAGGGUCCAGCAUUGGAUACUCUCUUUCAUAUGAGUACCCAAUCAACUGCGACUGGUGGUACUUUGAAUCAGGCGAAGAACUUGGCAUCUACGGAAACAUCAGCCGGUCGCUCACUUUUGAUGUCCUGGGCCCGGCCGUGUUUCCCAAUGGUGUUCAGGCGUCGGUUCUGGAUACUUCGGCUUCAAAGAGCACAUCUGGGCUUUCGGGUGUCAAAGAAGCCUUUGUUAGUGCUAGCCUUGGCUCGAGUCUGCGGACUUCGCAAUCGGCUACUGCAUCCUACUUGAGUGAUACCUUGGCUACAACCGAUUCGGUUUAUAACUUUGGAAGCCUCAACCAGACCAUGAGCUUCCAGGGUCUUUCAUAUGAUGGGAGUGUUGAGAUCUAUACUCGGAAUGUCGGUGUUGUGAACAACACCAUCACUCACGAUCAAACGCUCUUCGAAGUGGGAAAAUAG